CGGACGCACAGUCGGUCCUCUCCGCGUUGCGACGCUUCUCGUUCGUCGCGUUAGCGGUACGGAACACGAGAGCUAACAAACGGACGGACAGACGCACGGACAAAGCCGACCGACCGGUUCUCCGUUUGGUGAACGCCGCCGGAUGAGCUUGGAAAACAACAUUGCCAUUUUGUCGCGGCGCGUCAUCGGAUCCGGCGAGUAGCGCGUAGCUCGAGCGCUGACCGACGCGAACGAAUCUCUGCAAUUAUGAAGACCGAUGUGUUAGGAUACGUGACGCUCGUGUGCAUCGUAUCGCUCGCGGGAUGCGGCUGCCAAACGACGGGAAUCCCCGCUGACGCAAACGACGCUCCGCAGGGGAUAAACCUCGCUGCCAAAAACUCCAACCAGAAUAUGGAGGACGACUUCGUGCCCUUUCAAGGGGAACGGUUCUCCACUUUCGAUUGGAUGCUGUUCAAAGCGGUGAGCAGGAGGGAAACCGGGAAUUUCCUUUUGUCCCCGGUAUCGCUGAAAAUCGCGUUGGUCUUGCUGUACGAGGGGGCGCAGGAACAAUCCGCCGACGAAAUUGCCAGCGCGAUGCAGCUGCCCGGCUCUCUGCCGGCCGUUCGCAAUAAAUUCGGCGAUAUCUUGCGGUCGCUUCAGGAGAGUUCACCGGCGUACAGUCUGAACAUUGGAAGCCGAGUCUACAUUGAUUCGAACAUCGUAAUCAGGCAACGAUACCAGGCUAUCUUGAAAACUUUUUAUGGCACUGACGUGAUUCACGCGAAUUUAUCGAACGCUCGUCCGAUCGUUGAAAGUGUCAACGGCUGGAUCAGCAACGUUACCAACGGCAAUAUACAGAAAAUGAUAGAGGACGAGGACAAAGUCAAGGAGUCGCUGAUGCUGAUGAUGAACGCGGUCUACUUCAAGGGGUCGUGGUACCGCAAAUACUUCUCGCCGGAAGACACGCGGAUCGGAUCGUUUCACGUGGAUUCGAAACGGACCGUUCAAGUUCCAUUCAUGCACACCAAUCGUCACUUCUUUUAUUCCGAGUCCUCGGAACUGAACGCGAAGAUUCUGCGCAUACCGUACGACGGAAACAAGUUCUCCCUGUACCUGAUACUGCCGCAAACUCAAGACGGAAUCGGUCAAGUCGCCGAGAACAUUAACCAGUACGUGUUGACGCGACACAUGUGGCUGAUGCAGGACUUACUCGUGGACGUUAUGAUUCCGAAAUUUAAGUUCCAGUAUACUACUCACUUGGAGCCUGCUCUGCGCGAGCUCGGUAUCCGUGACAUUUUCGACGACACGGCUUCUCUGACGAACAUAGCCAUCACCAGGCGUAUCUCGAGACACCUCAAAGUGUCGGACAUCGUGCAAAAGACCGGAAUAGAAGUGAACGAGAAUGGAACUACAGCCUUCGCGGCCACUGAGGUCGAAAUUGGGAAUAAAAUCGACGGCAUGACCUUCCACGCGAAUCAUCCGUUCGCAUUCUUCAUCGAAGACGAGUCCACGGCGACGAUCCUUUACUCGGGCAGAGUGGCGAACCCCAGCGAUGCGCCGGAGUUUCAGACUCACUUCGCGGACGUACCGGACGCAGACUCCAACUUGCAGGUCGGCCUGAGAGCCGAUGAUCGGGACAAUCUCUUCAACACGUACUUUAUGCAGGACUUGAGUAAUGAAUACGUUGGAAAUUUAGUAUCGUCACCCGCCAGCAUUAAAGCGGCUUUGACUAUGCUCACCGAAGGAUCCGACGGAGACACGAGAUCAGAAAUCGUGUCUACUUUGAGAUUACCCGACAGCGAGUCGAGUAUAAGAAAGAAUACACAACGUGUUUUGUUAUCUUUGAAGAAAAACGUAAAUGGCACCGAAAUUGAUCUGUCGACUUGCUUUUGGAUAGACCAGAAACUGAACUUAUCGGAUAACUAUACAAAGAUCUUACGCUCCCAUUACACAGCAGAUGUAAAGACUGUCAAUUUUGCGAAUCCACAGAGUGUCGCUCUUGAUAUAAACAACUGGGUUCAGCGAGUAACACGCGCGCAAAUUUCUUCACCUUUGGUACAGAAUGUUCCUCCUGACACGCAGUUACUGUUAACUUCGGCAAUCUACUUUAAAGGAAAGUGGUUGAGAGCCUUCGACAAGGCGAAAACGAGAGAAGAAUGUUUCUAUAUUCCAAACGGUGAAUGCCGGAAUACUCCGUUUAUGACCCACAAGUAUUUGUACCGCUCUGCGUACAUAUCUUCGAUAGACGCGGACGUUUUAGAAAUUCCAUACUCGGAUGGCAGAACAUCGAUGUUGAUAGUAACACCGAAUAAAAGAAAUAAGGAUCGGUACCUACGAAUAUUAUCCAGAGAUUUAGUUACUGUUCCUGUUUCCGUGUUGCUGAGCAGUUUAAUGGAAAGAAGUGUUACAAUCCAUGUACCAAAGUUCAGUAUUGAAAACAACCUUAAUGUAGUACCUACAUUACAACGUUUGGGUAUCGAAGGUAUAUUUAAUUCUAAUGCAAGGUUAACAAUGAUCGCGUCCAACGAUACCCUACAUGUAACAAAUGUAUUGCAGAAUGUUAAAAUAAAUGUUGAUGAAGAAGGAACAGUAGCUGCUGCAGAUACAGAAGUAGGAUUUGAAUUUCUUUCAUUGCUGAAUAAUGAUAUUAAAUUGGAUAGACCAUUCUUAUUUUUGAUCGUGGAUUCUGUAACAAAGACAACACUAUUUUGCGGUCGUUUCAUGGAGCCCCACCAAUAAUAUUUCAGGAUUACUUUCUUUAAUUAUACAUGUAUGCUUAUUCUUUUUACUUUUUAUUGUUUAGAUCUUAUAUUCAAAGAAAAUAAAAGGUGCUUGUUUAAUAAUAACAUUAUAAAAAGAAUGAAAU